UCCUGCUCACAGCGGUUGAGCAAGAGUUCUCCAGUCUUCAAAUGAGGAAGCCCAGAUCCCUUCCCUCUGCCUCAUGUAAAUCUUCUAGCUGAUCUCCCAAGAGUAGCCUGUAUCAUAUCUAUAAAAAGCUGUCAAGUUCACACUCUAGAGGACUAAAUCUAUGCUGGCCAAUCUGAAUGACUACUCAGUUAUACAAGUUUAGGAAAAUCCUGCCCCACGCUAACGAUUCAUAGUUUCCCUCAUAUUAGUGAUCAUCGGGUUUUUCUGCCCAAUGUUUGUAUUGAAGAUAACUUCCUAACCAGUAAAGACUUGAGGUAGCAUUCUAGAACCCCAGUAUUUAAACUAGCUGCUGUGGUAACGAUGGAACCCAGCUUUCUUGCUUUCAGUUUUCCCUACCCAGACAGAAAGAAAUUCCAGAGGAAGAGUGGAUGUAGAGCUCAGUGUUGGGUGGUUUCAGAUCAAGCAGCGAGGACGUGGACAUGGACCAUCCCUCUGUGCAGCUCUGAAGUAGAGCCAAGCACUCUGCCUGCCUGUCAGAGCCCUAGAGCCUAAGAAGUCCGCUGCUGGUGAGGGGGAUGGCCAGGAUUCCUGGAGUUGGAAGAUCUUCCGCUUCGUCAUCUCUGGAGAACAAGGAAGACAAUGAAAGUGAAGUGGCCCUUCUUAGUCCCAAGGACCCUGACAGAGUCCACGCAAAGGAGCAGCUGGCACAUCCUGCGUCCUCCAAACUUGACCCAAGCAUGCAAGGCCUCCCUGCUGGGCCCAGCCUGGACGAUUUCAUUCCUAGCCACCUCCGAGCCCAUAUAGGCCCGUCCUCCCGGGGGACCAGGGUGCCCGUGAUCCGGAAUGGUGGCUCCAACACCCUUAAUUUCCAGUUCCAUGACCCUGCACCCAGGACUGUGUGCAAUGGCUAUGUUCCACCCAGGAGAGAUGGUUCCCAGCAUCCAGACCCAGCAUGGUAUCAGACCUGGCCAGGCCCUGGGAGCCGGCCCUCUGCGAGCCCGAAGCAACCUGCCUCCCAGCAUGCCCAGAACUGGUCAGCCACAUGGAGCAAGGACAACAAGAGACGGGACAAGCGCUGGGUGAAGUACGAGGGAAUCGGGCCCGUGGAUGAGAGCGGCAUGCCCAUUGCCCCCCGAUCUAGUGUUGACAGCCCCAGAGACUGGUAUCGGAGAAUGUUCCAGCAAAUUCACCGGAAAAUGCCAGACCUGCAACUGGACUGGACCUUGGAAGACCUACCCAAAGGGGUGUCCUCACGUGCCUCUUCUGCAGACCCAAGGCAUCCAGGGCCCCAGCAAAGACCUGCCUCCAGGCCUGGCACAGCAGUGACUUCCAACGGAAGACACUGGAACCACUCUGAAGAGACAUCUAGAAACACCUUUAACUAUAAUUUCAGACCAUCCUCUUCGGGGCUCCAACCCCCAAAUCAGGUGCCCAGACGUCGAGAGAAAGUAGAGAAUGUCUGGACAGAAGACUCUUGGAACCAGUUUCUGCAAGAAAUAGAAACUGGGCAUAAGCCCAAGAAACCACUGGUGGAUGACCCUGUUGAGAAACUUGCACAGCCCAUUGAGGUCCUGCUAGAGAGAGAACUGGCCAAGCUGAGCGCAGAGCUGGACAAGGACCUGCGGGCCAUUGAGACCCGCCUGCCAUCCCCUCAGAACUCGCAGGCGCCACGACGGUCCCCUGAGCAGCCCGCCCCAGAGCAGCGGCCCUCGGCCCGCCCGGCCUCAGCCUGGAGGCCCAGCUCCCCGCAUGCACCUUACUUCGGUUCUUCCCGACCCCUGAGCCCCCACAGAAUGGCAGAUGGAGGAGGAAGCCCCUUCCUGGGACGUAGAGAUUUUGUCUACCCUUCCUCAGCCCGAGAGCCUAGUGCCUCUGAAAGGGGUAGCAGCCCUGCGAGGAAGGAGGAGAAGAAGAGGAAGGCUGCCCGGCUCAAGUUUGACUUCCAGGCCCAGUCCCCCAAGGAGCUGACUCUGCAGAAGGGUGACAUUGUCUACAUCCACAAAGAAGUGGACAAGAACUGGCUGGAGGGAGAGCAUCAUGGCCGCCUGGGCAUCUUUCCAGCUAAUUAUGUGGAGGUGCUGCCUGCCGAUGAGAUCCCCAAGCCCAUCAAGCCGCCCACAUACCAGGUGCUGGAGUACGGAGACGCUGUGGCCCAGUACACCUUCAAGGGGGAACUGGAGGUGGAGCUGUCCUUCCGAAAGGGGGAACGCAUCUGCCUGAUCCGCAAGGUGAAUGAACAUUGGUACGAGGGACGUAUCACCGGCACAGGACGCCAAGGCAUCUUCCCGGCCAGCUACGUGCAGAUAAACCGGGAGCCCCGGGUCCGGAUCUGCGAUGAUAGCCCCCAGCUCCCUGCAUCGCCUCACCUGACAGCCACUGCCCGUGUUGCCUGUCACCCCGGCUCCCCCUCAGUACAAGUGGACCCCACUGACUGGGGAGGUUGGACCUCCCCUCGCCGCUCUGGCUUCCCCUUCCCCAUCACCCUCCAGGAGUCCAGACCCCAAACCCAGAGUCUCAGCACUCCUGGACCAGCCCUGUCCCAUCCACGAGGCACCAGCCGCCCCGUAGAUCUGGGGACUUCCUCCCCAAGCACCACAGCGAUACACUGGACUCCGUACCGAGCUAUGUACCAGUACAGGCCCCAGAAUGAGGAUGAGCUGGAACUUCGUGAGGGGGACCGCGUGGAUGUCAUGCAGCAAUGUGAUGAUGGCUGGUUUGUGGGUGUCUCCCGGAGAACUCAGAAAUUUGGGACAUUCCCUGGAAAUUAUGUAGCCCCGGUGUGAGUGGUCUCCAUGGCAGUUUGGAGCCAACGAGGAUGGGGUGGGGAGCAGUAGCACUAUGGGAGGGAGAGAGGCCCCCCACAUCCUCCUUCCCCCAGGACCUGUGCUCCCAGCAUCUGCAGAGACCCCGGCAACCUUCCCUCCAAGCCCCCUGGAAGUCCCCUGGACUGAUUCCCACCCGUGAGUCACAGGCAUUCCUUUGACAGCUCCCCCUCACCACCCCUCAAAAUACAGACGUCUGCUCUGAUGUGGA